UCAAGAUGGCUUCUGCCAGCAAGGAACAGGCCAUAUUCGCGAUGAAUGAAGCAAAGAUAAUCUAUUUGGAGGAGAGGUUUUUACCUGACUACGAAGUGAGCAAGACUUCUCUGGCCGUGACGGAAGGAGGCAACAACGAGACUCUCUUCAGUGUCCUCGAGAUGACAUUCGAGGUGAAGCGGCGGUGGACGGUGAUCGUGGUGACAGUGUUCCUGCCCACCUCAAUGCUGCUGUGCGUCGGAUAUGCAACUCUCUACAUCAAGCUGGAGAUGAUGGACGUGCGCAUGGCGGUGAGCCUCACAACACUACUGGUGCUAUACACACUCUUCAGCAACACCUCGGACUCGCUCCCCGUCACGGCCUACGUCAAGAUGAUCGACAUGUGGUUCUUCUCCAUCAUUUCUCUCCUCUUCUUCAUCACAAUGAUUCACGUGCUGACAGAGUACAUCUCAGAGAGACAACAGAUCGUGAAGGUACAUCCCGCGAUGAAGAGUGCUGCUCGACACUCCAGACUGACGGCCGAGCGGAUAAUGAUUGCCGUGAGGAUGUGGGUGGUGCCCCUCAUGGUGGUGGUUCUCAAUAUCGUGUACUGGGUGCUCCUCCUCCAGCAGGGUUCUCUCUAAUCCCUGUAUGUCCGUGUUCAGUGUUAAUAGAGUGUGUUCCAGAGUCUCCUGGUUCUGAUGACGUAUUUGUGGUGCCGAAGUGGAAUGUUCAGAAAUUUAGUGUGCGUUUGAAGAGACGACGUUGAAGAUAGUUACUGUGCGUUAGAGACAGCGGGAUAAUGCUUACUGCCUGGCUUUGCGGUGAAUCAUUAGAUAAAUGUUCCAGUGAUGAUAAAUACUGACGCUACCUCCACUUCCCGAUUAAUACCACGCCACAUGUUUUGAAACGCUUUGGGCUUUCGUGUUUUGGAAGGCCAAGAAGAUGAUUAAUCGUGGUGGAUAUCUUUUUGUUUUUAUUAAAGAUUUAGAAUGCCCGUUGAACUUUCACUACAAUAAUUAAAAACGACUUUGAAAACGGAAUAAACUUUGAAUGAAGCCUAAUAAAUGUACAUGGUCGAGAUAAAUACAGAAAUAUUUGAGAAUGAGACCUCAGGACACUCUCCAUUCUCGUUUUUGUCUGCAGUGCGAUACCUGACCCGCGCCAAGAAGAAACGUAAUUGGCUUUGACAUGUGUAAUAUGAUAGAUGUAAUUGGAUUCAGGCAAGUAAUUAAGGGCCAUGUGUCUUACUCAACCCUCGGCCUGUCUUCUUGGCAUCAUGUACUAAAUAAGUUACAUUCGUACGUCGUUAGUGUUUCGUCGGGCCCCCUACCCUUUUCCCCUCCCCAACACACAUUGGCUUUAAUAUGUGUAAUAUGACUAGAUGUAAAUGCAUACAGGUAGGCAAUUAAGGGCCAUGUGUCUCAGUCAACCCUUGGCCUGUAUUCUUGACACGUACAUCAUGUACUAAAUAAGUUAUAUUCGUACGUCGUUGGUGUUU